AUGUCACUACCUUCCAAAUAUGCACCAGAAGGAUUAAGUUCAUCUGAUCAAAAAAGAACUAUUACUGUUGGCCACAAUCGGCCUCGAAUGCCAAUAAACUAUGCCAUCAAAACAAUUGAAGAUCGAAUUGAUGAAGCAGUAAAACAUUCACCAUUUCAUAAUAUUGAAGACAAAGACAAACCAUACGAAGAUGAUAUAGAAAUGAUACCUAUGGAUGAUUAUAAUGAGGUGGAAAUCAUUUCAGAUUUCGUGAAAGCCAGUAGAAAUAAUAGUAAAAUAUUGUACGAUGAUUCAAUGGAUAUAGUAUCGGAAACAGAAACUAACGCAUUAUUAAACGAACUGGGAAAUGUUUCUUAUUUGGUUGUUGAUACUAACUUUAUAUUAUCUCAUUUAAACAUAGUAAACGGUUUACAGGAUGUGGCUAAUAAUUAUGGAUUGCAGAUUAUAAUACCCAUUACUGUGAUGAAAGAAUUGGAUGGUUUGAAAAAUUCAAGUAGAAUAGCCAAUGAAGCUUCUUCGGAGAGAAUAUCGAACCAAUCAGUAGGUCAUUUAGCCAGGUGGGCCAAUGACUGGAUAUAUUCGGCUUUAGCUAAAAAUAGUUCCGUCGUACGAGGUCAGAAAUUACGACAAAGAUUAGAUAAAUCUACUACUAAAGAUGAUGCCAUUUUAGAUUGUUGUUUAUAUUUUAAAGAAAAUUAUCAGAAGUCUUUGGUAGUUUUACUUUCGAACGAUAAGAACUUUUGCUUGAAGGCUCUUUCAAACGACAUUUUGACUGUUAGUUAUCGUAAGGAUAUGAAUGUUGAUAUUAUUGCUAACACAAUAUACACUGAAAACCUAAGAAGGUUUGGAAAACUAGAAAGCGACCCGAUAGCAUUAGCACAGCCAAGCAUACAACAUGAAACGCUUAGACCAAAAAUAGUUCAACACGAGAGUGAUGCUUCUUUUAAUCAGACAUCGCGAAUAAUAUUCCAAGAGGUACAGACUCUUACUCUUUCUGUCACACAUCAUUGCAUGGAGAAUAAUUAUGGAGAGGAUUUAGACCUCAUUAGGAACUAUGAUAGAAAUGCUGUAACUUCUCUCAAGCAUUGUUCUGAAGUUAUAAUAAGGUUUUGGCUCCCAGUCUUUUCUAAUUACUUUAAAGGGAGUAGUUUAAAACCAUUUACAGAAACAGAAGACGGGAAGAAAAUCAUAAAGCAACCAGUAUUAGUAGAUAUCCCCAUAGAACCACUGCAGCUAAACGAAUUCAUAGAAUUUUGGUCUCGUAUUUUGUCUACAUUAUACCUGGCAGAAAUGAAUGAUCAACAAAAUGAUGCUUUGGAACUUCUCAUCAAGAGGUGGAAGCACAAUGCAUCACUAAUAUCAUAA